UUCCCCUAGGUACCUCCACAACCAACAGCACCACAUAUUGAGAACCCGCUGCCGCUACACUUGAGGAGUUAUACACAGUCCUCUCCAUCCAUCUCUCUACUGUGCAGGCUUAAUUCAUCUUAAACAGCUGCUGUUUAUAUGGCUUAGAUUAAUUUUAAACUCGAUCCUAAUCAUAAUGAUAGCUGAAAAGGUGCCAUGUGUUGGUCUACGCACAUUCCUAUACGGCUUGCCAGACUUCCGACGAGAAAAUAUGCUCCGUAAAGGCCGAGAGGUCCACAGAAUCUACGUUGAAGUGCAUAAAGGAACCACUUUCCUCGAAGAUCAAUUUACUCUGACAGAAUUCGGAAGAACCGUCUUAGAAAGCGGAGGCAUCAAGGCUGGCCGUGCAAAGAAUGUGGAGCAGAUAGUCGUCGCCCGAGAAACUCUGUAUUGCAGUGGCUCUGCAACAUGUCGACGAGUGUGUGGAGGAUAUUCAGAAUGUACUCCAGAUUGCUCGAAGACGAAAGUGCGGGGUCACAAAUGCAAUUACAGAGUCAAGAUGACUAUGCGCUUGGGACAUGUAAACUCUUGGUUUGUAGAGGUAACCGGUGACCACAGUGGAGCUUUUUUCCGUUACGAGAACAUGCUGCUGCAAAAACCUUCUGCCCGUUCUAGUCAAAAGAAAAUGCGAGCCAGCUUAACUAAUCCAUCUUCAUUCCCCCUUAUUAGCCACCUCACACCGUCUCAGGAACAGAACUAUUUUUUAAUGAAUGCUACAAUUAAAUCAGAACCACCUGAUACAACCGUGGAAGAAUUACCCAGCCCUGUGUUCCAGUCAAACCCUCUAGAAUUUCAUAACUCUACCAUUGACAAGAAACCUGGUUCACAGGCUGACAUGUCAUACACAUGUAUGGCUAGCAAUACUCAGGUGGUACCAGAUGAGCCCAGUAUGGCAGUUGCUCAAUCAAAUUAUACUGCUGUAAUGGAAGAGAUGUGGAAUGAUGCCAAUAUUGACUCUAAUGAAAAUGAUAAUGAUGACGAGAAGGAUUUGGUUAGACGGGUACGACAGUUAGAAGCUCAUGUUUCUCAACUGCGCAACAUAAUCCUGAAGAAUGAUAAGAAAGAAGAUAAGAAGAAAGAUCGAAAAGGAAAAGUUUUUGAUUUUUCUAAAUACAAUACAAGACACAUUGCUUUGAAAGUAGCCUAUCUUGGUUGGGACUACCAUGGCUUUGCUGUUCAAGAAGACAAUGAAAAAACUAUUGAGGCAGCAUUAUUUGAAGCAUUGAUUAAAACAAAACUAGUUGAUUCACGGGAGAAUUCCAACUAUCAUCGUUGUGGAAGAACUGACAAAGGUGUCAGUGCUUUUUGUCAGGUUAUUUCCUUGGAUCUUCGAACAUCAUUGUUAGAAGGGCCAGGUGUAAAAGUUCGUCAGAAUGGAACUGCUCAUGAAAGGCCAGGUGACAACAUGACUGAAAUUAAGUAUGUUCAUAUUCUCAACAAAGUCCUUCCUCCAGAAAUUAGGGUAUUAGCUUGGGCUCCAGUAGAUCCUUCCUUUAGUGCAAGGUUUAAUUGCAAAAGGAGAAAUUAUAAAUAUUUUUUCCCUGUUGGAAACCUGGAUGUUCAGUUGAUGGCUGAAGCGAGUCAAAAGUUAGUUGGAGAGCAUGAUUUCCGAAACUUCUGUAAAUUGGAUGUAGCCAAUGGGGUUGUGAGCUGUAAAAGGAAAAUUCUUUCUGUUGACAUUAUGGUUGUAGAACAAGGACCAAAUGGCUAUGAAAUUUGCGAGUUGUGUAUUGUUGGACAAGCUUUCCUUUGGCACCAGAUACGUUGUAUCAUUGCUGUAUUAUUUCUCAUUGGAGAAGGCAAAGAAUCUCCAGAGAUCAUAGAGGAACUGCUAAACAUUGAAAAAACACCACGGAGACCCCAAUACAACAUGGCUUCUGAACUUCCUUUGGUGCUGUUUGAUUGCCAUUUCUCAGAAGAAGAUCUGGACUGGGUCAUUGAAGCUGAUUGUCAUGAAGAAAAUAUCCGACAUUUCCAGAAGGUAUGGGCCCAACAUGCAAUCAAAGCAGCUAUGGUUAAACAAAUGCUUGAAGGACUCAACAGCCAUAAAGUUGAAACCGAUACUGAUAUAGCUCCAUGGUGUGAGCUGAGUGAGCCAAUACUUGCCCAAAGUGAAUGGUUAACACCUGGCUGUAAACCAAGACAUUACAAAUCUCUGUUGCAAAGACAAACAUGUGAGAGCCUGGAAUCAAAAAUUGAACAUUAUUCAAAGAAAAGGAAAUUCGCUGAAAAUCAAGACUCCUGGUCAGGAUUUGCUGGUGAAUGAAGUCUGCGAGAAACUGUGCCAAAUGAGAUUCGUUUUGGGAUCCAGUGAUACAAUUGUUUGCCAGAUUACUUGGAAUAUCGACUAGUCCAAAACCUAUGAAAGGGACCAGCAGUGGACCCUGUUAUUAUUUGUAUUUGUUUAUGUUAAUUUUACAAAAUAGGGGUCCAGUGAAAUAAGUCAAUAUUUUGUAUUAGUCUAGCAGAGCAUGCUAGAAUGAGAGAAAUUCUUAUGGAAAGAAAGACAAACAAAACAAAACCAAAAAAAAAAGACAAAAAAAAA